ACAAUAUUAAUUCUAGGUGCAUACUCACUAGAGGUUUCUUCUCUGUCAUCAUGCUCGGCCACAUUGCCUUUCGGCGACUGGCUGGACUGCUCUGGGGUUACAAACAGUUCCUGACUCUCCAGGACAGUGGAUCCCCUCCUUGCCUGCCUCCCAUCUUCCUCCUCCUCCUUCCUCGUCCAACACCACCUCCUCAGUCUUGCCUGCAACGGCCCAAGACUCCGACUCCGAAGUAUCCAUGUGGCUCUUUAGGGUCAUGGUGGGGUCACCACAGCGUAUAGCAUGCUGCAGCUUGUAAAAGUGGCAUGUCUGUGGUGCUGCACCUGCGUGACUGUUUGUCUCCCUUGCCUUCCAGUAAGCCCUGUGCAGCUCCUUUACUUUCUCUGGGAACUGUUGCCGAUCCCUCUGGUAGCCCUUCUCCAAUAUACUCCCAAGAGGUCUUCUCAUAGAUGUGCAUAUUUCUACAAUUGGAUCUGAGCUGUGUCUGGACAGCUCUUCUCCCCAUACACUCAAGGGAUCCACCACCUCCUGUGUACUCCAGGCCAGGAGUGCUUUUGGAUCAUGGAGCUGGUGUACUCAGCUGGGCAGACAGCUUUCCACCGCGAACAAACAGAAAAUGGGAAUUCAGAGUUCCCGGUCCUUUAACAGGGGAGGGGCAGUUUCCUGUGUACCUGGAUGCUGGGCAGAACACAAAGUAAUAAUAGUGGGACUUGACAAUGCAGGAAAGACCACCAUUCUUUACCAGUUCUUAAUGAAUGAAGUGGUCCACACAUCUCCAACCAUAGGAAGCAAUGUUGAAGAAAUAGUAGUAAAAAAUACACAUUUCCUUAUGUGGGAUAUUGGAGGACAGGAGUCAUUACGGUCAUCAUGGAAUACCUAUUAUUCAAAUACGGAGUUCAUCAUUCUUGUUGUUGACAGCAUUGACAGAGAACGACUUUCUAUCACAAAAGAAGAACUUUACAGAAUGUUGGCUCAUGAGGAUUUACGGAAGGCUGCAGUUCUCAUCUUUGCAAAUAAGCAGGACAUGAAAGGUUGUAUGACAGCUGCUGAAAUAUCUAAAUACCUCACCCUUAGUUCCAUAAAGGAUCACCCAUGGCACAUUCAGUCCUGCUGUGCUUUGACUGGAGAAGGAUUAUGCCAAGGUCUGGAAUGGAUGACCUCCCAUAUUGGAGUGAGAUAACUUGUUGCAAAAGAGACUGCAUCUAUUUAUUCUGUGAACAUGAACAUUUUGCUGGUACUUCUGGUUGCUAAGGCAGCGACCAUGUUUAAUUUAUAAUGACCGAAACCUCUGAGCAGCACUUGAAUCAAGUGCAGCUGAACUGAAACACAAAGUAUUUUUAACUUUUUUAAUGCACUACUCUUCCACAGGAUGAACAUGUGAAUCUGUUUCAGUAUCAAAGUUCUCCUGACUAUUCUAAGUUUUCUUGUUGCCUUGUAAGAUAUCUUUCAUCAUGGAAAAUCUUUCACACUUGAUUUUUGUAAUGAUGCAAACUGCUUCUGUAAUUUACUACCAUAGAUAAAUUUCUUCAUUAACACUGGAAAAAAAGUGAGUAGAAUGACGUUUACCCUAGCAUAGCCCAAUUUUUUGAAAUCAUUAAAGCUAUCUGUGUUCAGAUAGCCCAAUUGCAGAUAUGGCUGUCUCCAAGGCAGGUUUUAGGUAUGUUAAGAAUUGAAAUAGUCAGCACUGAAACAGUUAUUUAUGGUUAAUAUGCUUCUCUUCUCCUCCCCACCCCACUGCCUUAAAAAGAAACACACCCAUUUUUAUUCCCAUGUAAGGUAAGUAGUUCUGGGUCAUAUUUUUACCUGAAAACACAAAUUUGCUGGGUAGAUAAAAAUCAGAGUUUUUAUUUAAUUAAAAUGCAUUUUUCUUUUUAAAAAUGAACCAGUUAAAAAAAUUGAAAUUGACAACAUAUUAAGUGCUAAAUUUAGUGUAAUCUUUUAAAAACAACAAAGAGUCUGGGGGUGGCACCUUAAAGACUAACAGGUUUAUUUGGGCAUAAGCUUUCGUGGGUAAAAAAAACACCGAAGUGGUGGGUUUUUUUACCCAUAAAAUCUUAUGCUCAAAUAAACCUGUUAGUCUUUAAGGUGCAACCGGACUCCUUGUUGUUUUUGUGGUUACAGACUAACACGGCUACCGCCUGAUACUUGUAAUCGUCUAAAAUCACUUAAAGAAAAAAAUUCUGCAUCCUAUAUUCAAUAAACUUAAAUGGUUUUAUUUAACUAAGAAACUACUUUAAAAUGCUGUUUUUAUAGUUCUAAUUUAAUUCCAGUUUCCAAAUACAGCUUGACACAAAUCCAGAGCAAAAAACAUCUAGUAAAUAAAUGCUUCGUUCAUCAUUUUCUAACAAUGUACAAAUUAAGAAUCUGGGUAAAUGUAUGUUAAGCAAUAUAAUUGUUUAAAUGAAUGUGUAUAUAGUGUUGGCUAUAUUUGAUUAAACGUGUUUUAAUGGUUAUACCAACCAAUAAGAAUGAACCUUUCUUUAGGGAAGAAAACUAAAAGUACAAAUACAAAACAAGAUUAAAUUCCUGCUUGCUGAUUAAAAUAUGGGACUUAAAAUCACUUCGAUUUAAAUCAGUGCACCCUACAGCUUUAUAAAUUACGACUGUGGUAAAACUACAAUGAGUAUACUGAAUGUGAAAUGUACUGAUAUAUUGCACUAUAUUUUAACAAUGCAAAUUUAUACUGAAAAUAUUAUAGACACUAUUUCCUACGAAGACACUUAUCAAAUCUGACCUGGUUCUUGUUUAGCUGCGUGCAUUAGAAGAAAGUAGUCCUGUGCUGAGCAUAUCAUACUAGAAUGAAACAUUUUAGCAUCCCUACAGGGAAGACUUAAUUUUCUCAGCCAGAGAGAAAAUUAGUAGUAAGCAUUCUUGACAAUAGAAAUAGAAAAUCCACUGCUUCAUUUCCUACAUCAAUUUUCAUAUUGUUUUCCAUAAUAGCCAUUGUUACCCUUGCAAUGUUACUUUAGAAAUGAAGUGUGUUUUUGCCAGACUAAAUUCAGGUAUAGUGCUUUGCUACCUGAGUUGUCCAUUUGUGUUUAAAAAAAUAUCAGUUGAAAGCCCUACAGCAAGUUAGAAUAUCUCAACCAUUUUCUAUUUAUGCUGUUCAUAAUGACCAUAUUCAGUACAUUACAAUUCACCUGUCUGAAGUGAAUGUAAUUCUGGUAAGGUUUGCAGUUUAAAAAUAUUUCUUAGCAGUUUAUAUAUUGUCUGUAAGGAAUCCUCAUUCAGCAUUUCAAUGACAUACAAAACUGUACAACAGUCAUAUCUAAGAAAUGAAGUUACAGGUGUUUCCACAUAAUCACUUAAAUUUUAGCUAAAAAUGAUUCAAGUACAGUUUGUUGUGAUGCAGUAUAUUACCUAAAAUAUGGUGCAUGCAACAGUAUUUUGAUUUUCUCAGACUAAAAUCCAUUAUUUAACAAAUAAUGGGCCUGAUUUUUAAGAGAAGCAUCAAUGUUGCUUUUUUCUCCAACACUUUUGAAUGUGCUCAUGCAAAAUGCAUGCACAUACAUAUGACCAGUAUCUGAAAAUCAGGCCAUAUUUAAAAAUAGUUGUUAUGAAUCUUAAGCUUUUCUGUUAUUUAUAAAUAAAACUAAGUUGGUUAAGAGUAAAUUUUACAUUUCUACUCAAAGUACUUGGUUUCCUUCUGUGAGGCUUUCCCAAGAUUUUUACACUGUUACAGCUAGUAUUAAAUCUCACCUCCUUUUUUUUUUUUUAAAUUUCUAUCAGAACUUGUUUCUUAAAGAUUGUAAUGGAAAAUGGGCCUGUGACCAAGCAGGGCUUCUCUCCAACUCCCAAAUAUAUGCUGCCAUUCCCAGUCUCUUUCAAGGAGGUUUAUUUUCUUAAUAGAAGCAAGGUAACAGACAGAAAAAACAGUCUUUUAAGUCAGUCCUCACUUUCAGGUUUCAGCUGUGCCCCUCUUAGGCCUCUGGCAGCUUCCCAGUUCUAACCAGCUCUGUUCCUUGUCUGGGACAGCAGCCUCAGGGCUGUCUCUCUGAGUACCUGGUCCCUUGCUACAGGGGGCCUACCACCAGACUUAGCUCAACUCCAGUGUGUGUCUCUCCCCCAAGGCACAGCCUGUCCUAAUCAGUCACCUUCUUCCUGCCCAAUGGCAGUGCUUUUAUAGGCUGAUGUGUAGCUCAGCCCCUUUUAACUGGCUGAUUGGACUCACCUGCCCUGAUCCAGGGGAGCUGGGCCUAGUCUAUCUACAGGGGCCAGCUACCCUAUGACAGAGCCCUUGUUACAUAAUUAGUACUAGACAAAGCAAGAAAUAUGUAAAUUGCCAUUGGCAUAAAGUAUACUCCCCCUCUUCCUCCAAGGUAACUUUUUGUCUCUUCAAUAAUGUAGGGGCCAUGAACGUCUCUGUAUUAGGGGGAAAUAUUACCUUUUUCUAGGGGGAAAAAAGGAAGGCAUUCACCAUUUCUAUCACACCAUUUAUCAUACCAAGAGAAGUUAGAAAAGUAGGUCAUUUUUGGUUGAGAGAAUGGAAAGGCUUC